AUGGUCGAGCUUCGCAAACGCAAGACACCCCCACCAGCUCCAGUCCGCCCAGCUAAGAAAAAGGCCGCCCCAAAGACCAACAAAUCCGCAGUCGCAAAGGUGAAGGAAGCUGUCGCUGAAAAGGUUGAAGCCGUCAAGGAAGCCGUUACCGGUGGCGGCGCGAAUGGAGAGAAGAGCGAAGCCCCAGUAGCUGCUGGAGGUGCCGCCAAGGUUGGUGAGACCAUUGACAUCUCUGGGUUCGGCGGCGAGGUCGAAACAAACGAUGGUGUCAAAACCAGUCUCGCAAAGCUUCUGGAAAAGAGCAAGAGCGGCGUCGUUCUGUUCACUUAUCCAAAGGCUUCUACCCCUGGAUGCACUAAGCAGGUGUGCUUUUUCCGCGACUCCUAUGAGCCAUUGACUGCAACGGGCUUUGACAUUUAUGGCCUUUCCAACGACAGCCCUAAAUCAAACACCACUUUCAAGACAAAGCAGAACCUUCCUUACCCACUUCUCUGCGAUCCGUCGCGAACCCUGAUCUCCGCGAUCGGUCUCAAAAGCGCAAAGGGCACCACCCGAGGUAUCUUCAUUGUCGAUAAGUCUGGCAAGGUCCUAGCAGCCGAACCAGGCAGCCCAGAUGGUACUCUCAAGGUCGCGCAGAAGAUUAUAGGAGCGGGAGAGAAGGAGGCUACGGCGGAAGAAGCUGAGAUAGCUAAAACUGCCAGUGAGGUUGCUGACACGGCGGCCAAAGUGGAUGCC